AUUUGGCAAUCUAUGAUGGAAGAACUGCAGCAGAGGGGUGUCAAAAGGAGGAAGGAAUGGAAGAAAAGGAGUUCUAAAAAAUCCAAAAACAAGAAAAAUGUGAGAACUUUAGGGCCUGGUUCAGAAGAUGGGAGGGUUAAGAAAAUGGAUAAAAAGAUGAAAAAGUUUCUUCAGAAAAAGGCUAGAAGCUAUAAUUCAGAUGAUGAUGAGGUGGAAGAAGAAGACUGGAAUUUGAAGGGGGGAGAAGAGCAGUCAGGAGUAGUGAAAAAUGAGGUAAAAGGUGGGUUUGAGUCGAAAUUUUCGGAUAGUGAGGAAGAAGGAGAAGAGAAUGGUGAAGAGAAAAUUGAGGUUUCGGAGGAUGAAGAUGGUGAAAUUCAGCCAGGAGUAAUGAGAUUUUCAGAGGGUUGUAAGGCUUUUAGGUUGGCAUUCAAGAAGAUUACCAAGAAAACUGCUUCAACCGAUCAUGAUGUACUGGGUCCUGUGUUAUCAGCACAUAAAAAACUUGUUGCCGAGAAGCUAGCUGAAGAAGAAGCAGAGAGAAAGGUUAAGGGUGAGGCAAAGAAGGAAAAACACCUGGUUGGAGAGAAGGGGCAUGUGAAGGCUGCUAAUUAUUUGGAUUCACAUGAAAAGCAUCUCAUUGGAGUUGCUACUAGAGGAGGUAUUCCUGACUUUAUUGAUAAUGGAAUAAUUGUUCUGCAAGGAAAAUAAAGGUCUAUUUUUUAACUGAUGAAGCUUCUGUGUUUCACGUGUCUUGCUGUGCUUUCCAGUGGUCAUAAUUAUUUAAUGCUGUAAGUGGCUUCUCCAAACCUAUUAUUUUCAGAUUUUGUUUCCAACUAAAUAUGACUGGUAGUUUCUUUUUAUUCUAGUUUUUGUGGUUUAUGUAGAUGAACUUUGUGGUACUUAAAAUGAUUAUUUAUAUGGCAUACAGGUCAAUAAGGCACAACACUCACAGAGAGGACUGAAUCCCUCAAGGUUGAAAGAUGAAAAUGGUAGGACUGAAUCAAUUCAACAUUUCAAACUUUGAUGUAUUAUUUUUUAACAACAAGGUUCUUGCUUCAAGUACAUGGUAUUUAUUCCUAUUAUCUUUUCCCUUAGCUUCUGUUCUCACAACAAUCUAAUUUUGAAGCCAAAUAUUUUUCUUUGACUUGAUAUUCAUCAAUACCUUCUCUUUUACUUUUUGAAUUUGUAUUCAGACUUUGAGGCUUUAGUUACUUGGUUCGAAAUGUCUAUCAAAAGCUUUCUCUUGCUCCAAAAAAUGCAUUAUAAUGGGGAUCCUCAACCAAGAAAUUAACAUAACUUCCUUAUUUACAGUCACUAGAACGUAUAUGUGCUGGGUUUGAGAUUUUCUAGUAUUACUGCUGCUUGUAUCACAGUAGACAACCUGAGGUAAUCAAUUAUAAUUAAUUUUGUACACAGGUUCGUGUUAGUCAGUUGCUCUCUUUAAGAUGAAUUCCUCUGUCCCUUUCAGUGUGUGGUUAGAAGAGUGCUAACAAUAUUAGGGAGCAAAACUUCCUUCCCAGGAGUAUUAUGGUGCUUCAUUACUAAUUCACGCCUUCAAUCCUUACUCUGUUUUUUAUCCUUAAGUUGUAUGGGGUGCAAUUUCAAGCUGGUUUAAUUUUAGAAUGUUUUCACCUCGAAAUUUUAAUGGCGAAUUGCUCUGGAUCAUGCCAUGAUCCCUGAAUUGUUAAGCAGUAGUCAUGAACUUGUCUGAUGACAUGUUACUUCAUGAAUUUCUUUCUGCAUGAGUUUUUUGGAGUUUCAUCUUGGGAUGUGGAUGGAAUUUGUGCAAAGCGUCAUCAUUGUAUAAAAGAAUUUCGUUUAAGAUAUAAAACCACAAUUAACAAGGAUAAUUGAUAGUUAACCUUCUAUUGCCAGUGAAAUAAUGUACCUUGUUUUUUCAUUUCACAAUGUAGUAGUUAUUACAGAAUGUGUUGCUAUGAAACUUUAUCUUGGGUUGGAUAUUGACAGUAGUAGCAAAGGGUUGUUUGUGUUAAAGUUUUAUGCUAUGCUAAGAACUAAAUAUAGGAGUGUGAGAUUGUGUGUCAAAUUUAUCUCCAAUCAAAUAAAAAGAAAUUGAGACUUUUACUGGAGAAAGCUAUAGGUGACGAAUCUCAGCAUUUGAUGCUUUUCUGAGUAGUUAAUUUAGGCUAUAACUGGUUGUCUAUUCUUUUUUUUCAUUUUUGGUGAUCAGUGAUAUCCUGGUUUACAUAUUGACCAUUGAUGUCUGCAAAUAUAAGAAACCAUUAUUAAGAUGAUGCUGGUUAAAUCCCAUUAGAUAAGUUGGAUAACAACAGGUUGCAGUCAAAAGGUAAGGAAUUACAUGAAAUUAGGAUGAAAGAUUUGGUUUUGAUCAGAUUCCAGUCCAUAGUUAAGACUUAAGACGUAUAUGCAGAUUCUUAGCCAGCUGUUGUAAUUGGGAAUCCUCAAGAGGAUGAAGCUUCAAAUCAUUGAGAACUGAUACAGGUUUUCUAUUAGAUUAGAUUACAGAUGAGAGAGUUUUAGAUAAGUAGAAAGCAUGUGAAGAAAAACGAUAAUUAGUCAAAUGCUUUAGGACUUUAGUAAUUUAAAAUAAAAAGAAAUAAUAAGCUAUUUAGAUUAAAAUUCCAUUUAGUGGUCAGGCUUAAAAGUUUUCUUGUUGAGCUACGUAAAUCAGUUUAAUUUUGUUCUUUAUCAUAAAUUGCAUCUUCUUUGACAACAUCUUCUUUGGUGGAAAUAUUUUUGAUGGCGGAGAUUCUUCUGAUGGUACAAAGUCUACGUAAAACUCGAAUUGCAUGGACAAGUGUCAUACGAGCCAAGGGAGUGGAUGGAAGUUUACUGAGAUCUGGACCGGAAGGAAGGAAUUGAAUUACAUGAGGAUGUUAGCCAUUAGGAUUAGAAGAUACAGAUUACUUUUUUUAAGUUCUUCUCUAGAGAUAUAACUUACCUAUUUAAUUUCUUAGAGCCUUCAGAUGUAGUUAACACUAAUCAGUUUUAAAUACUAUAACUUGUUUUUGUCUAAGAACUUGAUGAUUUGCAAAGAACAGCCCAAUUCAAGGUUUUCUCCUGGUUUUCCUAAACCUGUGUGUGAUCAUGAAGACUAUGUACUUGCCCACUUCUACUUGCCUUAUAAUACAAGUCUUCUGAACUAGUAUUAGUUGCAGAUCAUUGUGCCUAAAUUGGAAAGCAGCAAAUUUCCAUAGUUGGAACUUGAGAUGUCAUAUGAAGAUACUUUGUAGUUUAAAUAUGAUGUUGGUCUCUUUUUAUCUAGCUUGUAGUGCAUGGGAUAACCAGAGAACUGUGUGUGUGUGUGUGUGUGUGUGAGUGUGAGAGAGAGAGUAUAUUUAUCGACCUUCAAAAUUACAAAUGUUCACUCUGCCGAAACUUGCUCUCACACUGCCUCCUCUGUAAUAUUAGGCAGAGCUACUUCAAGUGGUUGUAUUGCAACUGAAAAGUGUGGUCUUCUGAUUAGUCAUUUUUCAAUCAGUUUUAGAAAGAAACAAGUAGGUUUUUGAUUGUCUAGUUAAGGGGAUUUAUUUGUAAUUCUCCCUGAGCUGCAAAAGUACAUUGACAUGAUAUUUCAACUCAAAUUUAAGCUAAUACAUGUCCUUUAUGCUGUGAUUAUGAAAUGGUGACCUCAUGUCAACCUUUAUUAGGAAUUGUUUUAGCAUGAAAGUUAGGAAAUGAAAAUUUCAUUUCAGCUGGGAGGUGGUGAUCUCCAUCUCAUUUGUGCACUUAAAAUAGUAAUCAUAAAGUACAUCUCACUGCUUAUGGCCCUCCAAGCAUACAUGAAUUUAGCUGGUAAAGUACAAGUUGCAUCUAUUGAGUAUCCCUUUGGGAGCUGAGGUUAUAAUCAGUUUGAUCAGUUUUAAUUUGUCUUUCUUGGCUGGUAAAGUACAUAGUUGCAUCUAUUUUCCCUGAGGUUAUAAUCAGUUUUAUUAGGUUUAAUUUGUCUUUCUUUUUAAUCUCUGCACCAACGUUUAAGAGCAACUUUAUAAAAUUUCUCAUUUUUUUUAACAUCGAGUGAUAUGGAUAUUUUUGCUGUUAUCUUAAACCUGCAGUAAUUAAGAAGCGGAGGAAAGAGGCUUUUUUCUCAGUCUUGGGCCGGACCCCUUCCCAAAAAACCGGGAGCAUAGAAAAGAUUGGUGCAUCUGCUGGCACUGGUUCUGUUGAUGCUCCUGCAUGGGCGCCAUUGCGUGAUAAUUACAUGUUAACAAACUCUAAGUUGAAGGACUGGGAUAAGAUGCCAGACACAGCUGUUGUAGAUGACUUUGGGUUGCGACCAGAUGCAGAUAGUUCAUCUGAUGAUUAGUAAAUGUCAGGAUAAAUUACAGUCGACUUGCAAUGCUUGGAUGCAGCCAACUGGAUGGAGCUGGAGAUGAUCUAAACAGAAGCAAGAAGUUGAGACCUGUCCUCUUCAUUCCAAAAGCCAUUGCCUAUUCUUAUAAUUAGAGAUGAGACAUCAUAGAGAGAUUCUAACCUUGAUUUCAUACUCCAUUUUCAAGACUCGGACAGUGUUGGGUUUAAAGAGUACCAGCUCAUUCAUAAUUCAAUUUUCACCAAAAAAAAAAAAAAGAAAAGAAAAGAAAAAGAAAAGGCAGUGUUAAAGAACC